AAAAAAAUAUCCGAUACGAUUCCAGAUCAACGCCGAGGCUCCAGCGAAUACUUUUGAUACCUUACGAUUGAAAAGGAUGGCCAGUGACACCCCAUUGUCACCCUUGGGUGCUGUAGAAGAAUGAGGGCAUCUGGAUGAAGGCCAUGGAGCUCAAAGUGUGGGUGGAUGGGGUGCAGCGGAUUGUGUGUGGGGUCACAGAAUUCACCACGUGUCAGGAGGUUGUCAUCGCACUCGCCCAAGCCAUAGGGCGUACGGGGCGCUACACCCUGAUAGAGAAGUGGAGAGACAUAGAGAGACACCUGUCCCCUCAGGAGUACCCUGUAGUGUCUCUGAACAAGUGGGGUCAGUACAGCAGCGAUGUGCAGCUCAUCCUCCAGAGGACCGGGCCUUCUGUCACUGAGAGACCCAUGUCUGAUGGCACCACCAGGGUGCCGGAGAGAGUCUUCUAUCGCCAGAGCCUGCCGCCACUCGCCAAGCUCCGCCCCUUUGCCACAGACCGCUCGCUCAGACGUAAAGAGCCCAAACGGAAGUCUCUCACCUUCAGCGGGGGGGCCAGGGGGCUGCGCGAGAUCUUUGGGAGGAGCAAAGAGUCAGAAGCCAAGCAGUCGCAGCAGCGUGGGGUGAACCUGAAUUUGAGCCGGGUGCUGGGAGGAAACGGGGUGUCCUCUGCACCUGUCAGCCCCUGUCGAGAGCUGAGUCACCUGGUGCAGAGACAAAGGGGCCAGCUGGAGGUGCUAGAGAGCCGACUAGAGGGCUGUGAUGGGGAGCUCCGGGACUGGGAGGAGGCCAUCGGAGAGGGACAGAACCUGGAGAAGGAGCUGUCCCGUCUGGAGCAGUGUUUGAGGAGUACGUCCGUCGAGCUUGAGGAAGAGUACUUCUGGGAACACGAGCUUCAAAUCGAGCAGGAGACAGAGGACAGGCUCAGACUACAGCUGACAGAGCUCCAGAGCACAGUGAGAGACUGUGAGGGCAAACUGAAGGAAUACUUCAAACAUAUACAGUCUCUGGAGACAAGCCUCGAACAGAAACAACAGCUGCACGAAGCAGAACUCAACCAGAAAGUCAAUGAAGAAGAGGCUCAGGUUCAGUUGGAGAAGCUGCGCUCGGAGCUGGAGGUACAGCGCCAGACCUCGGUCAACCUGGAGAGCAGCUGUAGAGCACUGGAGAGCUCCCUCUGUCUGUCCACCAAGAGAAUACAGGAGAAGGAGCAGGUGCUGGAGCAGUUGACCAAAGAGCUACGUCAGGUGAACCUCCAGCAGUUCAUCCAGCAGACAGGGACCAGGGUGACGGUGCUGCACGCUCAGAGUGCACUGGAGACGGGCAAUGAUGAGGAAUGUGGCUCUCUGAAGCGCCUUAACUCGUCUCAUCUUUUACCUACCGACCUGCGAACACUACACAGCCCGAUAUCUUCCAACUUCAACCCCGAAGGCAUCUACGUCUGACUCCCUCCGGUCCCGGGAAGCGCCCUAAGGCGAAGGUGGCAUCACGCUGCUCCCCUCUCUGUUCUAU